AUGUGUCUAAUUAUAUAUGCAUUGAAAAUCGUUGCUUGAAUUUUCGUUCUUAAUCUCAAGGUUUCUUUAAUCUGAGCCCCUAAUCAAUAAACUGUUCUGAUUAUUCACAUGUGAUUUUGGUCCAAGUGAUAAAUUAAUUAUUCUAAUUCGAGAAAGAAUAUGUCUCCUUAGGGCUGGAAAUGAGUCGAGUUGAAAGUGGAUUUGGCAAACUCCACCAAUAACAAAAAUGGAGCAGGAGGAGGACCGGUUGUCGAAUCUACCGAAAAUCAUUCUUCAUAACAUUCUGUCAAAGAUGCCAAAAAAAGAUGCUGCUAGGACAAGUGUUUUGUCCAAAGAUUGGGCAGAUACAUGGUUUACUUUUCCUAUAUUGUAUUUUUCUGAUGAUAUAUGCACAGGGACAUUUCCCCAACCAAGGGCUGAUUUUGUGAGGAAGACAAAAAACUUCAUCGAACACGUGAAGAGAACAUUGUUGAGGUUCCAUGAUAAAGGAUUGGCUAUCAAAGAAUUUGACCUUAUUGUGAACAAUAUUGAUGUUCGUAGGAUGUCAAAGGAUAUUGACCUUUGGUUGAAGUUAGUAAGUGAAAGUAGUCUUGAAGUACUAGACCUUCGUUUGCCUGAUGGUCCUCACCAGGAUGAGGAAGGUCCGGGUGAAGGCUAUGUAUUACCUAAGGGUGUAAUUGAAGGCAAAUCACUUACUAAGUUGGUGCUAAUGGGGGGAAUCAGAGUUGAUCCAGCAUUCAUGAAUCAUUCAGUUAAGCUCUUCUCAUUGAGAGUAUUGUCAUUGUGGGCUGUCAUUUCGGGACAUGAGAAGGCAAUUGAGCAUCUCAUUUCUUGUUGUCCUUUGAUUGAACAUAUAACUUUAAAGUGUUUUUCAGUGUUGAUCCCUCGUCGUGGUAUUGGCAAUCAUAUACCUCAAUCUGAUACCGAUGGAGUCAUGAAGUCGCUGAGCAUGCAUGGUCUGCAAAAGCUCAAGACAGUUGAUGUUCAAGGAAUACAAGAGGUUUAUAUUGAUGCCCCAUGUCUUGAGAAUUUUAAUUAUUGUGCUGGUGAUUUUGACGCACCAUUCAAGAUUGAUUUGGAUAGGUGCAAAAAUUUGAAAGUGUUAGACUUGUUGUCUUUGAAGAGUAUUACUAUCACUGACAAUUGGUUUGUUGAUCUGUUUCCAAAAUUCCCUUUCCUUGAGAGUUUGAAAUUGGACAAUUGCAAAAUGUCCGAUAGGAUUAAUAUUUCAAGUGUUCAACUUAAAGUGCUGGAGUUAUCUAAUUGUUCUAACUUGAAGGAGGUCAACAUUGAUGCUCCAAAUCUAUUAUCAUGUCGAUUUUGCGGUCGUGUGGGUGAUUCAGAACCUAUCAUACGUUUUCUAAGAAGUUCUAGUCAACUGGAAGUUGAUUUGCAGCAUACAAUGCAUUAUUUGGAUCUUGGUAACUUGUGGAAAUUUCUCCAAAACAUCAAACCUCAAAAUGUUUUGGUUUUGGCAUCACUAUCUUUAUUCAUAGUUCAGCCAACUGUGGAUGCCGUGACCCCAGUGGUUUUUCAAGUUCCAUCUCCUCCACCUAGAAUCAAACACUUGCACCUUCGCUCUGUUCCAAACAAUGAAAUUUUGUUUUCGUCUGUUCUAAAUAUCUUACUUUCUAGCUGCUGCCCUGCAACUAUAUCUUUGACCUGGCAUCCUUAUUUUUGCAGGAAAUCACUCAUUGAGUUUUUCUAUGAUAAGCUAAUGGAAAGAAAGGACGAUGAUUGCUUCUGCAGUUCCACUGAUACUAAGUGUUGGUGGCAUGGCUUGAAAGAUAUGAAAAUCAGAAGCUCAAUGAAGAUUGAAGAGGAAGUUGAUUUGAAGACCAUGUUAGAAUCAUUGCCAAUUCGAGAAAAUAUUAACUUUAUGUUAGAAUUUUAAUGUUGUUUUCAUCAAGUGAUAGACAUGUUUACUUUGAAGUUUGAUGUUAUCUCUUACUAUUGCAUUCUAGAUAAGUACAACUCUUCUUUAUUCUGUUGCACUAUGAGACACAACUUUGUUUCGAUAUACACUGAAAAAUGUUGAAUGGUAUAGUUAGCACUCUCAUUUUGCUCUAA